AUGUGUCUACCUUUGUCCUUUUUAUUUCACUGCUUCUUUCCAGGCAUUCUCCGCUUGAAUAGUUGUCCGUUUUCUCCUCGCCGCUCGGUAACUCUCUGUUUGGGGUCUGGGCAAGCUGGAUUUACUGCUACUCCGGGUCGCCGGCUCUGCUUCAGUCCUACUAAUGCCUUAAGUCCCGCAGGCGCCCAGCAAACUAAUUUUGCUAGCAAACCUUCAUCGGUUGCUAUCAGUGAUACUUCGACUGCACUUGCUGUGUCGACUCUCAGCGUUACUAUGGCUCCCGGUGCCUCUCCUGAUCUUUAUAGCUCUCGUCAAAUUGUGGGUCCCUUAGCAAUGGCUGCUGCCGCGGCAGCAUCUAUGUUGGCUUCAAACAUCAAUGAUCCCAUAACAGCCGCCACUGUCAUGAAUCCUGAGAAUGUCAUUGCUUCUAUCAGUGACAGCGGAUCCGACCUACGAACUUCGAUAGAGCCAGCUUUGCUUCCAUUCGGAUCUUCUCCUGCUUCGUCUAGUGGUCGGGCUCACACUCCUCUAUUUCAGAUGUCUUCCCCGAAAAAAGGAUCCAAAAGUCCUGUGAUAUCAUCGGGCUUAGUGGCGGCUCUGGCAACUCAAGACUUAAGUAAUCCGCCUUUGAGUGUUUCCUCUUCUCCAAUGCCUCCGCCUCUGCUAUCCUUAAGGCCUAUCAGGCCCUCAUGUGAAGAUUCCGGUCUCGCCUGUCGGAUGGAUCUUCAUGACCUGGGCAAGCCGCCGGAAACUCCUAAGUAA